ACAUAAUUCUCUCUCUCCUUUUCAUCUAUGUCUCCUCCUCCUCCUCCUCUUCUUCUUCACUUUACCUUUUUCUCUUCAUCAGAUUUCUUGAUUGAUUAGUCUUCUUCUUCUUGUUGGUGCAUAACGGUCUAGCAUAGCUUCUUCUAUGGCGGUUUUACCUGGAAGUUCCUCCAGCUUAGAAUUGACCAUAUCUGUGCCAGGCUUUGCCUCUUCACCACCUCUACUUCCAUCAUCAUCUGUGAAAGAAUUGGACAUAAACCAAUUACCAUCAGAAGAAGAAUGGAUUAUAGCAUCAAACAUGGAAGAUGAAGAAGAAAGCAGCAAUGGAGAACCUCCACGCAAGAAACUUCGUCUCACAAAAGAACAGUCUCGUCUCCUUGAAGAAAGCUUCAGACAAAACCACACUUUAAACCCUAAGCAGAAAGAGUCAUUGGCAAUGCAACUGAACCUAAGAGCAAGGCAAGUGGAGGUUUGGUUUCAAAACCGUAGGGCCAGGAGCAAGCUGAAGCAGACGGAGAUGGAGUGCGAGUACCUGAAGAGGUGGUUUGGAUCGUUGACGGAGCAGAAGCGAAGGUUACAGAAGGAAGUGGAAGAGCUGAGAGCCAUGAAGGUGGGCCCACCAACCGUGCUCUCUCCUCACACAAGCCAGCCACUCCCAGCUUCAAGCCUAACCAUGUGUCCCCGUUGCCAGCGUGUCACCUCAACUGCCACAUUAUUAUCUUCCCCUAAAUCGCAUCAACCUCCAGCGGCUUCUCCAUGAUUUGAUUCCGUACACACAACAACACCAACAAAUUAUUAAUUGAUAUGAUGGAGUAGAUAUUAGAUUAGGUUAGAAAACAAUGUUUAUAGCUGUUAUUGUAUCUGCUUCCUUUAUUUAAUUUCUAGGGUUAACGCUUUUGGAGAAAUGGAGCUUCUAGUUAGAGGGACGCUUUUAUUAUUAUAUAUAUUUUUUAUUUUUUAUAUAGCAGUACGUUACGUCGUAUCUUCGGCGAUUUUCACUUUGUAAUCUUCAAUGCAUAUUUUGUGCUUCCAAUUUCCA